AUGAACAAUGUUUCAGAAAUUUCUCAUUUUUUUCUCUCAGGUUUAAAUGAGACAAGGAAUUACCAAUCAACUCUUUUCUUUCUCACUUUCUUGUGUUACGUUAUAAUCAUUCUUGUAAAUGUUUGUGUUGUUUUGACUAUAGUCUUGAAUAAUGAACUCCAUGAACCAAUGUAUAUUCUGCUCUGUGCUAUUUGCAUGAAUUCCCUUUAUGGAACAGCAGGUUUCUAUCCUAAAUUUCUGUCAGAUCUGCUCUCUCCUGUUCAUGUCAUCUCUUAUUCAGGAUGCCUUCUGCAGGCUCAGGUGUUGUACUCCUUCGCCUGCAGUGAUCUGUCCAUCCUUGCCCUCAUGGCAUAUGACCGUUAUCUGGCUAUAUGUCGACCACUGGAGUACCACUCCGUCAUGUCAAAGAAAAGAGUCAUCACUUUGGUUUGUCUUGCUUGGUCAAUACCUUUCUGCAUUAUGGCUGUAAACACUAUCCUUGCAUAUAGGUUGAAGUUAUGCAGCCCAUACAUUAAUCGAAUCAUCUGUUUGAUCUGGAGCAUUGUUGUGCUUGCUUGUUUUCCAUCUGAAAUGACUGUUAACAGCGUAGUAUCAUAUAUUACAAUAUUAAUUUACGUAAUUCACUUUUUGUUAAUUUUGUGGUCCUAUAUGUUUCUCAUCAAAACUUGUGUUGGUUCUUUAGAAAACAGGAGAAAGUUCAUGCAAACAUGUGUGCCACAUUUGAUCUCGCUGUGCACUUUUUCUCUAACUAUCCUUUUUGAUGUUAUAUAUAUUCGAUUUGGCUCAAAAGAUUUACCUCAAACAAUUAAAAACUUCAUUUGUAUAGAAUUUCUCAUCAUUCCUCCUAUAAUGAAUCCACUUAUUUAUGGGUUUAAGUUGAGUAAAAUACGAAAUAAAAUUUUAAGUGUGGCCACUAUGAAAAUGAAAUAA